AAAUGUGAAUUUUUAGUGUAAAUAUUGAUUAAAAUAUUAAUGUAGAUAUAAAAAGUAAUUAAUUAGUGUUGUUUCAGAUAUUGUGUACGUAACAUCAGUUCUUAAUAAUAAACGUUAAUAAAUUACAUGUUUUUAUUAAGUGUUAAAAUUUGAGGUUAGAAUUAUUAUUAUUACCAUGGCUACUUCAUUAGCAGCGCAAUUAAAACGUUUGGCGACUCCCCAAACAAAAUUAUUAACUCAAGACAAAAAGAGAGCAUCUUUUCUUUUCGAUCCAAAGGAAGCCGCUACUAAAGAUCGUGAAACAAUAUAUGAAAUUGGAAUUAGUGGCUUAGAAGAAUUAAAAUUAAGAAACCCCAAAUUUGAAUUAUUCGAAUCAACUUUAUUCAGUCCUUCAUCGAAACAGUUUGAGAGGUCUGUACAGAGUGAUGAAACCAACAAAAAGCUUAAUAAGAAUAUUAAAAGAUUCUUGCUUCUACUAUCUCCUCACUUUUUACAACCAGCAGCUCACAAGUGCUUGGAAUGGUUGAUUAACAGGUUUUAUAUACACGAUUUCAAUAAAAACGAAUUAUUCAUGUUAAUUCUUCCAUACCAUGAAACUAGAUAUUUUGCAAGAUGUCUCCAAAUGUUAGAUAUAUCAGAAAACUUAGAUCGUUGGAAUUGGUUAAUGUCUGUUCAACAAGCUGGAGCACCUCUAUCAAAAACAGCAUUGCUUAAUAGAUGUGCAAAUGAUAAUGUUAUGUUGAAAUUUGUUUGUGACAUGACUGUCGAUGGAAUAAAGGAGCUUGAGAAUAGGGCAAAUACAUUGACAACUAUGUUUGCAUUUUAUUCUACAUCGUUAGUUGGUGCCUUAGAAUAUAGUAAGGAUAUCUCAGAAACCCAGGCUACAACAAUUUUACCUUCGUUGCUACGCGCAUUGUCAUCAGAAGUUAAAGACUUUGUAGCAUCAGGAUAUUUAGUUAUUGCUCAAUUAGUUACAAAAACUAAAUUAUCCGAGAAGCUGUUGGAACAAAUUGUGGUAAAAGUAUCCCAUGUUCAACAUGUUGGCUUACGUACAGAAGCUGUGCUACUGUUAAUGUUGAUAUAUCACUCACAAAAAGAUGUAUUUUCUGGGGUUCCUUUACAAAUGCUAUCUAAAUUAGCAAAUUCUAAAUGGUUCUCUAUAGCUUUGGGGCAAUUGGUUGCAAAUGGUAAUAAUGUAAUGCCUUUACUCUUACCAUUGUUUAAGGAGGCCUUACUGCAGGCUCAGGCCGAUACAGAUGACUUGACAGAUAGUUCAAAGACUUUUAUUGCAAAUUUGGUUUCAGAAAUUAAGCUACCUAAUGAAAAUAUAGAGUCGUUAAUAAGAUGCAUAAUUGACAAUUUUAAAGGAAGUUCAUUACCUGAAGAGAUAAUUAACCUUGACAGUGACUCAGAAAUGGAGACAGAUGAACCUGCAAACCCUCCAAAACACGUAGAAUCUCAAAGCUGGUAUAGAGAAUGCUUGAAAUCAAUUGAGAGAAAGUAUCCUGAUUCUUUUGAUGAGGUUGUGAAAAACAUAAUGCGCUCGCAAAAAAGUAGUAAAACGACAAAAACUUCUUUGAAAAAUAUUCUGGGGCUUCUGCCUAGCGCUUCCAAUGGAAUGGGUAGCAGUGCAAGCAUGUUUGAAAACUUAUAUAGUCACCAUCCAAGAAUCCGAUUAGCAGCUGUGAAUUAUAUUGUAGCUAAAUCAAAUGAGAUUGAUAUAUCCAAAAAUGAAUUGUUGAAAAAUUCUAUGUUGGAACGACUGAAUGACGAAAACCCUCGCAUAUGCAAGGCUGUUUUAGGAUUGAAAGUUAGUACACUCUUAACUAUUGUAAAUUGGCCAGAGUUGCAAAAUAUUUUGAUAUCGAUUUUAAAUAAAUCUUGUAAAGAUCAAGAUUGGUUAGUUGCUGUUCCUAACUCUUUAAAACUUUUGUGUUCAUCAUAUACUGAAACUGAUGAAUUGAAAAUACUUUGUGCUGUAUUUCCAUUUCUUUUGCCUUCAUAUGACAAUGAUGUUAACAAAGUACAUAUAAUAUUGCGAUCUAAUUUUGGUAACAAUUGCAGUUUUAUAAAAGAGCUUGCAAGUCUAAUAGAUAAACAACAGAAAGAUUCAAAGAUUAUUUGUUCAAGUGUUUUUAAUCUACUUGAAGAAAAUAAAAAAUUUAAUACAAUGUAUUUAAUUGACAUUAUGAGAGAAUCCAUUGAUAUGAGUAAUGUUGUCAAAUGUAUAUCAUUAUUAUUACUAAAAUCAAGCUUAUCAACAGAUAUGAAUCUUGAAAUUAGUUGUUCAGCAUUUGAAUAUGUUUUAGAACUAGUAUCGGGUUCAGAAAUGCGAUUAAUGAAUAAAGGAGACGAACUAAAUAAGGAAAAUUUGCAACAGUGUUUGCGUAGUUGUCAUAAAGGAUCAUUACCUGUUGAAAUGUUUGUUUACUGUUUAAAUGGAUUUAUACAUAACUCAAAUAUAAAUAACAUUAAAAAUAUGAACCUAUCAAAUUAUAAUAAUACAGCUAAGUUUUUAAUAUCACUAUUUGAAGUUUUAAUAACAGGAUGCAGUCUUAAUGACAUAGAAAUUGUAAUGCAAUAUGCUCAGGUGUUAAAUAACUUUUUUGCUAAAUAUGGACCAAGUAUUAGCAAAAAAUGCGAGUUUAUCUCCAACUUCUUCAAUUAUUUGGAGUUAGAGUCUAAUGGCUCUUCAGAUAAAAGCAUUAAUAUUAAUCCAGAGUUACAACUUCGUUGCUUACGCCUAGUAAAAGCACUUUUGAAAAAAACAAAAGAUGAUUUAACUCCAGUUUUGGAUUCAAGUAUAUUUAUUCAAAACAUCUUAAUGUCAUUGACUGAUACUACAAAUUGUAUACGAAAAGCUGCAGUGGAUUUAAUUCAAACUCUACUUAAAAAAACUUAUGAAAAUAAUGGAAACCACUAUUAUUUGUUGUCUCAAUUGAUGAAUCAUAAAGAAGAAAUAUUGUUGGAUCCUGAACAGUUGCCUCUUGUUUUGUUUAUAAUACUAUCACCAGAAAAUCCAAGUAAAAAAUCUGUACAAGCAUCAAAACAUAAAUGUUUGAAACAAAUAUAUGGAUAUAUAACACAUCGUAGUAAUCCUUUGCAUAUAAGUAGCUCGAUGUUGAAAAUCUUUUCCCUUGUUAACUCAGAAGAAAUAUUGAGCGACAUUAGCAAAUUAGCAUUGGAGGUUUUGGAAUUUGGGAAAAACAAUGAUAAACCAUUGGAUAAACAUAAGUCUUUAAUUGUACAAAAUAUAAUAUAUAGAAUCAACAAACAGACAAUUAAAUCAAUUAAUCAAAAUUCUGCUUUAUGGAUAUUUCUUUUAAAAUGCUUACAGUAUCACAAUAAUCAUGUCAUUUUAGAAAUGGAACAAUUUCUAAUUUGUAAAUUACUUUUAGAUCAAAUUGAUAAUGAUACUUACAUGAAUAUACCAAAGAAUUUACAUGCCUCUCUCAUAUCACAUGUCAUAGACUCCGCAACAGAUUCCGAAAUGCCUACAAUUAUAUCAUCUGCUAGCAAGUUUAUGAAACGUAUAGAAUUAGAUGCAAAUUUAAUACAAAAUGAAUUACAAUUGAUGAGAGAUGUUCAAAAUCCUGAACCUGAAAAUAAAGAACCUAGAAGGCGAUCAAGAAGGAUCAAUGUAGCUCCAACACCUGCUUUAUUAUUAACAAGACCCUGGAAAAGAGGUGUAACAUUGCUAGAGUUUGUGCAGAACAAGAAGAAAAUAAUUGACAUUGAAAAUAUGUUGCCAAUGGUCUUUGAUGUUCUCAAACGAUGUUUGGAAUUUGAUAUACAAGCUCCAGUUGAAUACACCAAACAACUAUUAUUAUCAUGCAUCCUGCAUUGUUGCAACAAAAUAUCUUCAGAUGCGCGUGAUAUCAAAGAAUUGCCUGAUAAUAUUUUCAAUAUUGAAUUAGUUGUACAGUGUAUCAGGGCUACAUCAAAUCCUCAAACACAUCACCAUGCAUUAAUGCUUUUGUGUCAAAUGGCCGAGAUUGUACCAGAUCAAGUAUUACAUAAUAUGAUGGCAAUUUUCACAUUUAUGGGUUCUUCGGUUUUACGUCAUGAUGAUGCUUAUAGUUUCCAAAUUAUAACAAAACUAAUUGAAAGUGUUAUUCCCAAACUAGUGGAGCACGAUUUGGAUAGUUUAUCUGAGGAUCAAGCUGUAACUUUGGAGAAAAACAUUAUUCCGUUACUGAGAGUUUUUGUUGGAGUUCUAUUGGAUAUACCAGAACACAGAAGAAUACCUUUAUUUAAAAAAUUAAUUGAUACUUUAGGUGCAGAACAUUUUCUAUGGUUGUUCCUUGGCUUAGUUUUUGAGUCUCAAGUUUUGCACGAAGAGAAUAAUAAAGAUAAGACAUCACAAAGGCGUUUGGAUAUUGCCAGCACACUAACAAGAGAAUAUGCACCAAAUGUUAUAAUUCAAAGUUGUAACAAAUUACUUAUUUAUGUAAAAACUUUACCCAUUGAUAAAGACAGCCAUAGACCAGGGUCCAUGGAUAAUACUUUAAUAUUCAAUUACAAUGUUCAUACACCGAAACAAUUAAGGCAUUUCAAAUACACUUUGAUAACUUUCAUAAGUGGUUUGAUCUCUUCACCACUUUUUAUGAAUACCAUAGCGGUCCUGAAGGAAGCAGAGAUGUCUAAACUAGAAAGUUUAUAUAAAACUAUGAUAGUUAACACAUUGACUUUCAUACAAUUAUUGUCAAAAAUCAGUGAUAAAAGCAUGGGAACACCACAAGCCAAGUAUUGGAAAGUCAUGCUUCAUCAUGCUUAUGACAUUUUGGAUAGCGUGAACGGUCUGCUUUCAGCUGAUAUGUUCUUGUUAGUGACUAAGGGAUUGAUGUCUCACAAUUUAGCUACAGUUCGGCGCAAAGCUAUGGAGUUAUUAAUAAAUAGGAUACAACAUAAUAUAACAUUCUUUGAUAAUUGCAACAAAGAAACCUUAUUUGGAGUAUUGGAGCCUCUGACUAAAGUUAUUGAAACUAUAAGUGAGCAAACUGAUGAAAAUACUAAUGUUUUGGAAAUAGAAAUGAAUCAACAAACAGCAUUACUAGCAAUGAAACUGUUAUCAAAGUUAUUAGGACCUGUACAACCAUUAAAAUUCAAGCCAAUAUUAUCUCUCGUUACUGGGUAUACUGCACAACCAAAUAAUAUUCAGCAAAAUGUUUUAUCAUCAGUUGUUUUAUGCUUAGCUGAGUUAUGUAACAAUUUGGGUUCAAAUGCUAUUGAAAAUAUACCUACAAUUAUGCCAGCUUUGAUAAAUAUACUAAAAUCACAAAACAGUGCUGAAACUGUAGAUCUUUUAUUAUUGAGUACUAUUACUGCAUUGCAGAAAAUAGUUGAAUGCUUAGCACUAUUUUUGAGUCCAUACAUAGAAAAAAUAAUGUAUGAACUGGCUCUUCUAAAAUGUAAAUUUAAUGAAGAAAAUCAACAAAAUUCUUCACUUCAUGCUAAAUUGAAAACUAUAUCAGGCAAAAUAUCUAGUGCAUUGGCUCCUCGUGUUUUAAUACCUGCAGUUAAGGAAAGUUACUUAAAAUUGAUCAAAAAGCGCAAUUAUAAUGCUGUAGCAUUUGUUAUGAACACACUUUCAGAAAGUUUUGUAAAUAUAUCAAAUGCUGAUUUUUCAGCACACCAAAUUGACUUGACGAACUUCUUUUUGGAAGCUUUGCAGUUUAGAAGUGACAUUGUUGAGGACAACAUUACAGAAACUGAGAUUGAAGCUGUUGAAAGUCACAUAUUCAAUGCAUUUGUAUCUUUGGUUCUUAAAUUAUCUGAAUCUUCAUUCAAGCCUUUGUAUUAUAGGCUCUUUGACUGGGCUGCUACUAGCAGUUCUAAUAAAAACCGUUCAAUAACCUUUUAUCGAUUGUCAAAUAAUAUAGCAGAAAGCUUAAAAGGUUUAUUUGUUCUAUUUGCUGGUUGUUUCAUAAACAAUGCUUGUGUAUUAUUAGAUAGCUGCAAUAUAAUAAAGACAGACAAACUGUAUUUUGAUGAACCAGAAAAAUGUAUAAUUCUAGUUGAAAGCAUUAUGAAAACCUUGUAUUCGGUAUUUUUAUACGACAGCCAGAAUUUCAUUAAUAAAGAGAAGUUUGAAAUAAUAAUGCAACCAUUAGUUGAUCAAUUGGAAAAUAACUUAGGCAAUCUCACAGAAUUGAGAGAAAGGGCAAAAAGAAUUGUAAUACCUUGCAUUGCUCAGCUUGCUGUUGCUUGUGGUGAUGAUUCAUUAUGGAAACAAUUGAAUUAUCAAGUAUUAUUGAAAACUAGACAUUCUUCUUCAGAAAUCAGAUUAUGUGGUCUGGAUGCCACUUGUGAAAUAGCUCAAAAAGUUGGAGAAGAUUUCUUACCUUUGUUGCCAGAGACGAUUCCAUUCUUAGCUGAACUUUUGGAAGACGAGGAUACAGAAAUUGAAUCAAGUUGUCAGAAAGCUAUACAACAAUUAGAAGUUUCAAUUGGUGAAACACUGCAAAAAUAUUUUUAAAUAAAUUAUGAAAAUAAAGGAGAAGUAAGCAUUCUAUUACAGCACUUACCAUGCAAGUUGAUGCUUGAAGUAUAUUUUUGAAUUGUAAAUAUAUUUAAUA